GUGACUGCAGAGAUGGGGGAAAGGUGGUUCAAAGGCUCUUCACGUAACCAUCCUUCGACCCGCGGAAGUUAAGCAACCGGGAGGCGGGCCCAGUACCGGAAGCAGGAAGGAGGGCGCAGGAAGCAGGGCGCCGCAGCCAGUCGUUCUGUGGGUCCGUGGCUCUGUUGGUGCCGAGGGCAGGAUGGAGAAGCUGCGGCUCCUGGGCCUCCGCUACCAGGAGUACGUGACUCGUCACCCGGCCGCCACGGCUCAGCUGGAGACUGCAGUGCGGGGCCUCAGUUACCUGCUGGCAGGUCGCUUCUCUGAUUCGCACGAGCUGUCAGAGCUGGUGUACUCUGCCUCUAACCUGCUCGUGCUGCUCAAUGACGGGAUCCUUCGGAAGGAACUGCGGAAAAAGUUGCCUGUGUCGCUGUCCCAGCAGAAGCUGCUGACAUGGCUGAGUGUAUUGGAGUGCGUGGAGGUGUUCAUGGAGAUGGGGGCUGCCAAGGUGUGGGGCGAAGUGGGCCGCUGGCUCGUCAUCGCUCUCAUCCAGCUGGCCAAGGCUGUCUUGCGGAUGUUCCUGCUGAUCUGGUUCAAGGCUGGCCUCCAGACCUCACCCCCCAUCGUUCCGCUGGACAGGGAGACCCAGGCACAGUCCUCGGAGGGUGACCACAGCCCGGGAAGCCAGGAGCAGUCCUAUGUGGGGAAGCGGUCGAACCGAGUGGUGCGAACCCUCCAGAACACCCCGUCCCUACACUCGAGGCACUGGGGAGCUCCCCAGCAACGGGAGCAGCGGCAGCAGCAGCACGAGGAGCUGAGCAUCACCCCCACCCCCCUGGGGCUGCAGGAAACCAUUGCAGAGUCCUUGUACAUCACCCGGCCCCUGCUGCACCUGCUCAGCCUGGGUCUGUGGGGUCAGCGGUCGUGGACACCCUGGCUCCUGUCUGCUGUUGUGGACGUGACCAGCUUGAGCCUUCUGAGUGACAGGAAGGGCCUGACGCGCAGGGAACGGCUAGAGCUGCGGCGCCGCACCUUCGUGCUGCUCUUCUACCUGCUGCGCUCCCCGUUCUACGACCGCUUCUCUGAGGCCAAAAUUUUUUUCCUGCUGCAGCUGCUGGCAGACCACGUCCCCGGUGUUGGCCUGGUUGCGAGGCCGCUCAUGGAUUACUUGCCGGCCUGGCAGAAGAUUUAUUUCUACAGUUGGGGCUGACACACCUUGGAAGCGGGGUGCGGGAGGAGCAGGAUGGCAUGCUCUGCCAUCUGGCGGGGCCUGCUCACCCUCAGCCCCCCACCCCGUCCCUCUUCCCUAAUAAAACUGACUCUGGCACCGUC